AUGGUUGAACUAUAUCCUUCUUUGGCGCAAUGCGCUAUUGUCGCAGCUGCCUUCAAGGUAUUGCUCUUCCCUGCCUACAAAUCCACCGACUUUGAAGUCCAUCGCAACUGGCUCGCCAUUACCCAUUCCCUUCCGAUUCAAGAGUGGUACUACGAGAAAUCCUCGGAAUGGACCCUCGAUUACCCACCGUUCUUUGCGGCUUUUGAAUGGAUUAUGUCGCAGGCUGCAGCAUAUGUGGACCCGGCCAUGCUGGUUGUGAAGAACCUGGGCUACGAUUCCUGGCAGACUGUCUACUUCCAGAGGACUACGGUCAUAUUGACGGAACUGGUUCUCGUCUUUGCACUUAGUCGCUUCGUCAAAUCCGUUCCUCUGCCGAACAAAAACGCUGCGCAUGUGGCUAGCCUCUCCAUCCUGCUGUCACCGGGUCUCUUCAUAAUUGAUCAUAUUCACUUCCAAUACAAUGGCUUCAUGUAUGGACUCUUGAUCCUGUCCAUCGUUCUCGCCCGGAAGCAGUCCACUCUUCUCUACAGUGGUAUUCUCUUCGCGGUCCUGCUGUGUAUGAAGCACAUCUACCUCUACCUGGCUCUUGCAUACUUUGUCUAUCUGCUGCGCACCUACUGCCUGGAUGCCAAAUCCGUUUUCCGACCUCGGUUCGGAAACAUCAUCAAACUGGGAUUCUGUGUGGUGGGUGUCUUCGCCAUUGCCUUUGGUCCAUUUGCGCAAUGGGGCCAGCUGCUGCAACUCAAGGACCGGCUGUUCCCCUUCUCCCGGGGACUGUGCCACGCGUACUGGGCUCCGAAUAUCUGGGCCAUGUACUCGUUCACUGACCGAGCUUUGAUCCCUCUUGCGCCUCGGUUAGGCCUUCCCGUGAAUCACGAAGCAUUGACUAGCGUGACUCGCGGACUGGUUGGCGAUACCUCUUUCGCCAUUCUCCCCGAGGUCACCAAAGAGCACACCUUCAUACUGACAUUCCUGUUCCAACUGGUGCCUCUCAUCAAGGUCUGGCGCAACCCGGGGUGCUGGGACACUUUCGUUGGCGCGAUCACGCUCUGUGGCUACUCAUCCUUCCUCUUCGGUUGGCACGUCCACGAAAAGGCUAUCCUGCUGAUCAUCAUCCCAUUCAGUCUCAUUGCCCUCAAAGACCGGCGGUACUUCAGUGCAUUCCGCCCUCUCGCAGUUGCCGGACAUGUUUCACUUUUCCCGUUACUCUUCACGGCGGCCGAGUUCCCCCUCAAGACUGUUUACACGGUUCUGUGGCUGGUUCUGUUCCUGUUCGUCUUUGAUCAGGUCGCGCCCGUCUCGGAGCGACCCCGCAUCUUUGUGUUCGACCGACUGUCCCUGCUCUACUUGACUGUGUCUAUCCCUCUGAUCGUCUAUUGCUCACUGGGUCACCAACUGAUCUUUGGCUGGGAUCGGCUGGAAUUCCUGCCGUUGAUGUUUAUGAGCAGUUACUCCGCUCUUGGAGUCGUCGGCAGCUGGGUCGGAUUCAUGGUGGUUUACUUCACAGCAUAG